AUGCUCAUCCUCGCCGCCCUCGCGACGCCCUCGAGUGCCGCCUCUCGUCUGCGCGAGGAGCCAAUCACCACGCGCAACCGCACCUACAAAACCAAGACGCUCCGGACCGACCCGCCGGAGCUCGCCAUCCCGGCGUCCGGCUCGCGCACACUCAAGAAGGCAGCGGAGAUCCCGCCCCGCGACGCCUGGGAGGGCGCCACCUUCCAUCCGACCUUCUCCUUCCCGUUCAACCUCUCCAAGUUCAGCGGCGCCGUCUCACGCGCCGCCGGCCCGACGUCCUUAAAGCACGCCAUCGGCGCCUACGCCAAGCUCGCCUCCUUUGUCGAGACUUCCGGCGCGACCAAGAUCGGCCAGGUGAGCUUCACGACCGCCACGGCCCGCUCAGAGAUCGAGACGGCCUCCCUGCUCUUCCAGCCUUGUGCGGCGCUGGCGCUGCUCCUCGCGGCGUGCCGCGGGCUGCUCCUGCGUGGGCAGCACAGGUGA